AGUGUAUCGUCUUAACUAAAUGAUGCGUUACGGUUUAUCAGGCAAUUAAGUUUUCUUUUUUUCAACCACAGUCCGCAGCAGUGUGCAAAUGCUGUUGCAAUAAACACCUUCUGUGCUAGUUAAAAUAACCGCGCAUAGUUUCCACCAUGUGUCAAGCGUACGCGUACAAUUUGCGUGGAAUUUGUCGUUUUUAAAUAAAUAGUUACUUGUAGCAGUGCCCGUUUAACUGUCAACAGUCUGAAUUCAUAUUUGACUUUGUACGAGUACGUUGAUGAGGAGAAUCGUAUGGUGAACGAUUGUUGAUAUGCGUAUUUGCUGUGUACAUUUACAUUGUUCUUAAUGGAAAAUCAACAAGAUUUAUUAAUUGGGUGAUUAAAAGACAUCGUUAUGUCUUCAAUUAAGGAAGAGAUUAAUCGUUAAACAACACCUUCACUUAAACUAUUUAUAUUUUAAAUUAUUUAUUGGUUAUGAACAUUUUAUAGCAAUUAAGUUUUUAAAAUAAAACUGACAAAAUGGCAAGUAAAUUACCACAAGAGUUUCGAAGGUACCAUCGUAAUCGAAACCAAUUGCAACAUAUUCUGGAUGAAACCCAAAGAGCACUACAAUCUAUCAAUGUCGAAAAUAUUUUUCCUGGAGAGAAUGUUGUUGAGCAACUGUUGCCUCCUCUGACAUUAGAUAGAAUCACCCAUAUUUUAGCAAAUUCUCCUGCCAUUGUUAUUUUUGGACAAGAUAGUAAAUCAAAAGCAACAUUGGUCAAUAGCUUGAUUUCUAAUGAUGUGUUACCAGUAUCUAAUGGACCUUGGCGGUGGAUUAAGCUUACUUAUGGGCAAACAAAUCAUAUCAGUCUUACUUUAGGCUUAGAAUACGAAGUAGUUGGAGACUUACAAGCUAAUGAAAAACCAUGGAGUACUCUUCCUGUUGAAGAUUUAACAAGAUCAGGUGGUGAAGAUAUUAAUUGUCCAACAGUACUUGAGGUUAAGCUUGAUCAACCUAUACUAAAAGAUGGUGUUCAAAUAUUUAUUGCACCAAAUAAUGGAGCAGUGAAAAUACUUGCCAAGGGACUAUUACCUAUUUUACCAAUAUUUCUAUAUGCUCUUGGUGAAAAUCCUUUAACAGAACAAAACAUAGAAGAAUUGAGGGAUUUGAAAGAAACAUAUCCUUUUAAUCCUGUACUCUUUAUAUCAUCGUUAGGAAAUAUCACAUUGACUACUAUUGAUGCAGAAUUGACUGAAUCCGAACAACAUAGACUACAAAAUCAAUUAAACCCUAAUGAUUCUCCAUCAGAUAAAAAUGAUGACGACAGUAUUGACUUUGACAAAAUGAAUUCACUGGGUAUAACAUGGCUGGACCAGCUGACGCACUUAGGUUUUCUUGGUAUGGAAGAAUCUGUUGAAGUUGAUCAACUGUCUUGGUUAGUCGGCGGACAAUACGUUAGUUCUAGCGACUUGGUGGAUUCAUGCAAAAAGACAGAUCGGAUUUUAUAUUUUAUUCAUGGAUGUUUGCAAACCUAUCUUAUUAAUGCUAGCACUUAUUUAAAUGAAGUACAUACAACUAGUCUACGAAAAUUUAUUUUAAGCGCGUUCGAUAUGGCACGUAAAAUUCAAAUAACUCCAAGAAGAAUACAAUAUGCUCAACUGAAAGAAAAUGAAUUAUUUGCCAGUUUGAUGAAAAUCGUCAAUGAAAAUCAACAGGAAUUAACUGAAUUAAUACAAGCUAUCAUACAAGAGAUGAAAAACGAUGUAUUAUUAGAGAAUGAUGUAUAUCCAUGUCAAAGCAUUCCCUUUAACGAUACAGAAAGGGUAGAGUGGUCUGCAACUAUCAGAGCCGCAACUUCCGAACUUCAACGAGUGGUGCUUGGACGUUUAGGUGAAAAAGUUGCUAAGCAGAUUGUAAAUUCUGUCAACUGUUUGCGUGAGACAUUUGUCGGCACGUUACAGCGAUGUUUAUUAAGUCUCGAAAAAAGCUGCGAACGCGAUUCUUCUUCGCUGGCUAGCGAUGCUUUAAAGCAAAUACUUUCGGCCGCAUAUAAUAUCGAGUUAAAUAAUUCUUCGCCGUCUUUGAUACAUUCUUUCUUAGAAAGAUUGAAACAACUGUUUAAGUCUCUACCUUUGCCGUGGUCACCAGCGCCAAUUUUAGAUGCAGCUUGGCGAAAAAAAGUUACUAUCGACAUAUUGAAUUCAUUAUCAGCGGCAAAGCUAGCUAGAACAAUAUCUACACAAUUCAGAGAUAAACUUAAAGCCUCGCACGAUUCGUUCCAAGCAGCCCUGAGAUCUUUGGAAAAUUAUUAUUCUGGAAAAUUAGAGAGAACCGAAGAGCAGAGAAUAGCAAUCAGAAUGUAUCAUGCUCCUAGAUUAGCUAAAUUAGCGCUAGAAUCAACAUCGAUGACAGACGUUGUUCGUUAUGGAAUUCCUCACUGUGGUAAAGAAAUUGGCCGUGGUCAGUACGGUGUAGUAUUUGCUUGCGAUGGUUGGGGCGGUGCUCCAGGUCCCUGUGCGGUUAAAUCAGUCGUUCCACCAGAUGAAAAGCAUUGGAAUGAUCUCGCUAUGGAAUUUUAUUACACUAGAUCUAUUCCAGAUCACAAAAGGAUAGUAAAACUUCGAGGAUCAGUUAUAGACUUAUCUUAUGGUGGAGGAUUUGGCCUUGGAUCUGCAGUUCUUUUGAUAUCGGAUCGUUUAAGCCGAGACUUAUAUUGCGGAAUACGUGCUGGUUUAUCUUGGCUAGAGCGUAUACAAAUAGCAAUAGAUGUCUUAGAAGGAAUACGAUAUCUUCAUUCACAAGGACUUGUUCAUCGAGACAUUAAGUUGAAAAACGUACUUCUUGAUACAGAAAACAGGGCUAAAUUAACCGAUCUUGGGUUUUGUAUCACGGAAGCUAUGAUGUCGGGAAGUAUCGUUGGAACACCUGUUCAUAUGGCACCAGAACUUCUCUCUGGUCAUUACGAUAGUAGCGUCGAUGUAUACGCAUUUGGGAUACUGUUCUGGUACAUAUGUGCAGGGCAUGUAAGAUUACCGUACGCUUUUGAGCAAUUUCAUAAUAAAGAACAAUUGUGGACUAGCGUAAAAAAAGGAAUACGACCUGAACGAUUAUCUACCUUUGACGACGAAUGUUGGAGAUUAAUGGAACAAUGCUGGUCCGGAGAACCGUCCAAACGACCCUUACUCGGGGCAAUUAUACCAGUCUUAGAAUCGAUUCAGCAAAAAGCAGAAAGAGGCAAGUCCUUACAACAGCUCCCUACAUUGAAGCUACAAGAAAGUUCGUCAUCAGAAUUGAAAAAUCUUGCAUUAGCAUUAGCAGAACCUUAUAAUCAAAGAGGUCGUGUAAUGAGUCCACAUCCUGCAAAGCGUAGAACAAUAAGAACUGUAAAACAUCCUGUUUUUCACAUUACUAAUCUAUUUCAAGCGAGUGUACGCCCCAAUCUAUACGUUCAAAUGCGGGAAUACUAAAAAUAUUUAACAUUUUCUGUUCUUAAUUUAUACUUGGAAAAAGAUCUGAUUAUAUUUAAUUGUGUUUAAAAGAUACUUGAAUUAAUUCAUCAUUUUCUGCUGCACAUAUUUGACAUUAUUUUCAAUAGUAUUUCAAAUGCAGUAUUAAUUUGACGAGCUUCUUAUUAGUGUAAUUUUUGUACACACUUUUUUCAUUUUACUAAAAAUUAUGAUAACAGAAUGUAUUGAUUCAUAUUAAUGUAAUGCAUAUUUAAUUGAUUACAGUCAUGACAUAAAUGUUUGUUUAUACUAGGAAUAUAAGUAAUUGCAAUGUUUGAUAUUAUUUUACAUAUGUAGUUAGUGGUAUAUACUCAAAAUUUUUAAAAGACAAGACAAAAUGUACUUGACGUUGCACUUGUUACAUAUGUCAGCUGAUAUCUCAUUGUGAUAGAUACGUUAUUGUGAAUAGGAAAAAGAUAACAAAAUUAAAAAUUGUAUAUUAACUAUUGAAGAAUAAAUAAAGUUUUCCAGUUUUCUACAUGUCAUUUAAACGGUAUCGUAAUUUUCUUUCUAAACAUCCAUUUAAUAUUUUAAGCAUUUCAAUCUUCAUAGUGACUUAACACUAGAACUAUUGUUGAUGCAUACUUAUCGAAUAUAUUUAUAAAAUUAGUAAUGAUUUUAUAGUUCUAGUGUUAACGACAAAUACUAUGUGUUAUAU